AUGAAGCUUGUCGAUCCUAUAGUUGAGAAAUUGAAGAGUUGUGGUCGUAAGCGUUUCACGGAGAAGUAUCGAAUACUAAGGGAGUGCUUUGAGAGAAUCAUGAAUGGCACUUCCUCGGAUUCGGACGAUCAGUCAUUGUCCCCGACGUGUGCACGCAACAUAUUGCCCUUCGGCCUCAUAACACAGCGCACAACCGCCCGGCCCUCGCCGACACCCCUCUCCGCCUCUGGAGAGUACGACGACGACUCCUCUUCAGAUUCCAAGGUAGUACCCUUAGUAAUUGCGCUCACAAAGCUUUGA